AAUUCAAGGAAAUUUCAUGAAAAACAAAUCUUAGAAUAAUAACAGCUUCCCGCUAUCUUUGAAUGUUAUCAAUAAAAUGUCAUGACUGAAACUGAAACGUCAAAUUUUCCUGAAGAUUUCCCUUUCAGUCUCCAAUGAAAAUAUAUAUUUAUUUUCUUUUAUUUCGCUGCCAGCUCAGUACAGUGGCAUGGAUAAUCAAUAGCAGAAUAAUGCGUUAGUUGUUGUUGUAAAUAGUUUUGAUGGAUAACUUGAGCGACUACGAGGAUGACUGUGGCGAAGGUAUUCCUAUCUGGCAAGAGCCUCGCUGCGAGCCGCUGGGGGCGCCGCGGGAGAGCUGCGAUGAGGAGGGGGAGACGGCGGGGGCGCCCGGCGACCGCCUCCACGCGCUGGAGGAGGAGCAAGAGCUGCUGUCGUCCUCCGUGUUCUCUCUGACGUCACACCUCGCGCAAGUCGAGUUCCGUCUGCGGCAGAUCCUGAAAGCGUCGCCUGAAGAGAAAGAUGUGAUGUUGAAGGCGCUGGAGGAGUUCACUUCGCGCGGGGUGGGUGAGGCGCGCGGGGCGGGCGAGGGGUGCGGCGCGGGGGACCGGCCCGGCGGCUGCGACCAGUGCGCCGCGCUCGAGCGCCGCGUGCGCCGGCAGCGCGACCAACAAGCUCUCUUUGUCGACAGACUCAAAGCCCAACUUAAAGAACUCGAGAGAUUCGCCGUCCAACCCCCCAGCGGUGAAGAACACACUCAACACAAAUCCCUCAUAGAACACCUCAGAACUGAAAUUGACCGCAGCGUACAGGAGGGCUGCCAUCAACCUCUAACUGCUGACGAGUUGAGACACCAAAUCAACUGUGCUGUCCGCCAGUACUCCGACAGACAACUGUCCAAAGAUGAAGUGAUAGCUAAACUGCAGGGCCACAUUGAAGACAUGCAAACAUUCAUCAGAGUCAUGAAAAGUGAAGAGCUGCAAAAUGAGAAACCAAAGCCAAAAAUCAAUAUUGAGACCAAAAAUAUUGGGAAGCCAGAAAGUUCAUUUAGAAGUUCAAGAAGUAAAAUUAACAAUGAUGAUCUCAGAACUGAAACUAUUAACUUGAUGAGGAAAGCUUCUACAUUGAUACAGAUAUUUACUGUGUCGCAGUUUGGUUGUUCUCCUAAUACCAAUAAAAAGUUUGAGAGCAAGUCUUCUACUAUAGUUACCCACUGGGGCAACUUGCGAGCCAAGCUAGAGAUGUCUAUAGACGGUGUUCUCAGUCUGGUGUCUCGGGACAGGCCAGCUCAGUCCACCAUUGAGAGUUAUGACAGUGAGUCUGAGGAAGGGGGUGUGGUUAUCAAUGAUGCUCCACUGACUACUGCUGUCCGUCGCCACCUCUCAGUAAACCUGCGGGACCUGCUUCACCAUGGCUUGACUGGACCAGAGUCUAUGUCCCUAGUGCCUCUUAUAGGUUGCUUCCCAGUCCGAAGAUCUUCAUCCAAUAAAUUAGUUCAUAUUUGGGAAGUAAUCAUGAGGUACUAUGAACUGAAUGAUGGAGACGCAUUCAACUCUACACCAGCCAGGAAGCUCAGCCAAAGCUUCAAUUUGGACAUAGUGGGAGGCACGGCUAUCUCCAACAAGCAAAGUCUACUCAGUACAAUAGGCAGCAUCUUGGCUUCACAUACUCCCUACAAGAGAAGUUACGAUGCACAUUUUAAAGCUUUUGUUUGUGCUGCACUGAAUGCACACAAACUUGUCAUUUGGUUAAAUAUUAUGCUGAAAUGUCGAUCGUUAGUAGAUGCGUAUUAUUCGUCCACAAGUUAUGUUGUCAAUACUGGCUUCCAAGAUGCUUUGCAAAGUUUAGAUCGACUGACACCAUAUAACUUUGAUUUGCCAGUAGACCUUGCAGUCAAACAGUUCCAAAAUAUCAAAGAUGUAUUUAUUUCCCUCAUCGAGCACCUCAGAACUGAAAUUGACCGCAGCGUACAAGAGGGCUGCCAUCAACCUCUAACUGCUGACGAGUUGAGACACCAAAUCAACUGUGCCGUCCGCCAGUACUCCGACAGACAACUGUCUAAAGAUGAAGUGAUAGCUAAACUGCAGGGCCACAUUGAAGACAUGCAAACAUUCAUCAGAGUCAUGAAAAGUGAAGAGCUGCAAAAUGAGAAACCAAAGCCAAAAAUCAAUAUUGAGACCAAAAAUAUUGGGAAGCCAGAAAGUUCAUUUAGAAGUUCAAGAAGUAAAAUUAACAAUGAUGAUCUCAGAACUGAAACUAUUAACUUGAUGAGGAAAGCUUCUACAUUGAUACAGAUAUUUACUGUGUCGCAGUUUGGUUGUUCUCCUAAUACCAAUAAAAAGUUUGAGAGCAAGUCUUCUACUAUAGUUAUUCACUGGGGAAACUUGAGAGCCAAGCUAGAGAUGUCUAUAGAUGGGGUCCUCAGUCUGGUCUCUCGGGACAGGCCAGCUCAGUCCACCAUUGAGAGCUAUGACAGUGAGUCAGAGGAAGGUGGUGUGGUUAUCAAUGAUGCUCCACUGACUACUGCGGUCCGCCGCCACCUCUCGGUGAACCUGCGGGACCUGCUUCACCACGGCCUGACUGGACCAGAGUCUAUGUCCCUAGUGCCUCUUAUAGGUUGCUUCCCAGUCCGAAGAUCUUCAUCCAAUAAAUUAGUUCAUAUUUGGGAAGUAAUCAUGAGGUACUAUGAACUGAAUGAUGGAGACGCAUUCAACUCUACACCAGCCAGGAAGCUCAGCCAAAGCUUCAAUUUGGACAUAGUGGGAGGCACAGCUAUCUCCAAUAAGCAGAGUCUACUGAGUACAAUAGGCAGUAUCUUGGCCUCACAUACUCCCUACAAGAGAAGUUAUGACGCACAUUUUAAAGCUUUUGUUUGUGCUGCUCUGAAUGCACACAAACUUGUCAUUUGGUUAAAUAUUAUGCUGAAAUGUCGAUCACUAGUAGAUGCGUAUUAUUCGUCCACAAGUUAUGUUGUCAAUACUGGCUUCCAAGAUGCUUUGCAAAGCUUAGAUCGACUGACACCAUAUAACUUUGAUUUGCCAGUAGACCUUGCAGUGAAACAGUUCCAAAAUAUCAAAGAUGUAUUUAUGUAGGCGUCAUUUGUUAAGAAUAAUCAUUUUUACUUACAUAAUCAAUCAUUUACAAUGCCUUCUAAACUUAAGAAUCAUAAAUUGCAUUUAUUUAAUUUUCCAAUCUAGUCUUAUAUUAUGUAAAAAUAAUAUUUAUGUGAUAGAAUGUAAACAGUUUUGAUUUACAAGUAACAAAACCAUUCCAAAGAAUUAUACUAAGUAUUGUAUCAGCCCAUUCCAAAGAAUUAUAUUAAGUAUUGUAUCAGUAUUUGUGAUGAUUAUUACAACUCCUAGUUUUUAAUUGUAGUUUAGUUUGCACUUGGGUUUGUGUGUCGGGGUCGGGAAUUGGUUAAAUACUUGAAUACAAUGUUUGUAAAGUUGUAGUUACUAUGAAAGUACAAUUUGUUAUAGCCUGUAAUAUAUUUAACACUAUUUGUCUCAUUUUAAGAUCUGAAAAAUUUAUGAAUGUACCAAAGAAGUCUACCAAAGCUGUGCAAUGUAUUCAAACUAAAUAAUAAUAAAAAGUAGUUGAAGCAUCUCCUAA